UGUAAGUUCUCACUUGCGGCAGGUCGAGACCCUCCACCCAGCAGGCGACGAUCAGAGUUUCAGCAGCAGACACACACAGUAAAUAUCUCGGCUCACCUGAACAGAUCCUGCCAUGAGGUGGCGCUCUUCUUGUCUUCGCCUCAUCCUUUUUCUCUCUGCAUUUGUUGGGAAAUCAGCAACUGAAUUCAGGGUCUGUGCCUACAAUGUGCAGAACUUUAACUUGGAGAAAGCAUCAAAUGACAGACUGAUGCACCAUCUCAAACUGGUCCUGAUCCGUUGUGAUAUCAGCCUCUUGCAGCAUGUGGUGGAUCCAGAUGGUCAAGCCAUCCAAAAGCUGCUGUCUGUACUCAACAGGGGAGCUGGCAGGUAUGAAGAGUACAACUACCAGGCAGUGUCCAGCGAUGGUUUGGGGAACUCUCCCAGCGACCUGCAGAAGUAUGUUUUCAUUUACAGGACGGACACGGUGAACAUGACGGGUCAGCAUCAGUACAAGAGCAAGGAGUCCUUCAUCAGAGAGCCCUUUGUGGUUCGCUUCCAAAGCCAGAAUACCACAAUCGGGGACUUUAUCUUGGUCCCUCUCCACAGUGAGCCCAGUCGAGCCGUCCUGGAGAUCAACAAGCUUUACGACGUCUUUGUGGAAGUCAGCAAGAAGUGGAACAACAUGAAUGUGAUGUUCCUGGGAGAUUUCCACGCCAGCUGUGCUUAUGUGACACAACAGGACAGGAAAAAAAUCCGACUGUACACAAACUCAGAUUUCAACUGGCUGAUCCAAGACCGGGAGGACACCACCGUCACUGACCUGACCAGCUGUGCAUACGACAGGAUCAUUGUAUACGGAGAACCCUUCCUGAGGGCGAUCAAGCCAUUCACUGCCAAAGUCUUCAAAGUCGAUGCAGAAUUCAAAAUCUCCAGGAGCCAGGUGGUGGAGCUGAGCGACCAUUACCCAGUGGAGGUGGUACUAAAGAGCUCCGCCCUGUUCCUUCAGGCCACACCCCUCCUGAUCCUCAUGAUCAUCCAGUCUUUCCUGUCUGCCCUGUGAUCAUCCUGGGCUCAAAAUGCUCUGAAUGCUUUUUUAAAUUUUUUUUUUUUUUAAUCCAAACCCUGUUCACCUUGCUGGUCCUCUGAUCACUGAGCAGCUGGGCCUGCCAGGUUUACUGCUCGAUGUAAAGCCGACUCAACAGUAAGGCAGCCUCAGGAACUCGGAAGAUUGACAACCUUUUUUUAAAGUAUAAAAGUUUAAAGUACAAAUAUGAGACUUAAGGUUUAAGGUUUUCCAGGAAGACAAAACCAGCAUAACAGUAAUAAUGAAUGAGAGAGAACAGCAGGAACUAUUGGCUUGUUGUAGCUGGACCUUUUGUCAACAGGCUGUAUUUUUUUUGUUGUUGUUGUUGUUGUUGUUUUAAAAAAAAGUGCACCAUCAGUGCUGGGAAUUAAACUUCUAACUCAGUAACUUUUUCUGCAUAUGAAACUGCACAGACAUGGAACAAUCUUAAUCUUCAGGACUUUUUUAGCUGGCUUUUAGUGACACUAGAGAACUGUUUGUUUUGGGGUGAAUCUUUAUUCUGAUUUGAUUUUUCUAGGAGUUUUUUCUUCUCAGGCUUUUCUGCAUUUGUUAUCCUACUAAGGUCUGGUCAAAAACUGAUGUAAAUAUUUCCAAAUCUUCUGAAAAUG